GGGGCAUUGCGACUGCUGAGGGCACAACGCUGGAGGUGACUCCCCAGUCCUGGCACUGUCACGUGUGCUGCCACCCAUGGCUUGGCUGUGGCUCCUGGUCCUGCUGGCCCUGGCCGGGCCCGUGGGUGGCACCUGGGACACCUGCAGAGGGACCUGCGGGCUCCGGCCCAUGGCUUCCGACCAAAGCUCUGUUCCUCCUGUCUACGGACCCCUGGAAUCUUCCAGUGACACAGCACCUGGCUCCGGUGUCCAUCCAGGGGCCUGGCCUGGCAUCGCCAGCAUCCAGGUCACUUGGGAGAACGGCACGUGGCACAUGUGUACAGGGGCCCUCAUCCACCCCAAGUGGGUCCUCACAGUUGCCCGCUGCUUCAUCGGGGCCGGGAACGUCAUCAAGUGGGAUGUGGUGGUUGGGGCCACCAAUCUCUCUCAGCUGGGCCCCGGGGCCAUGGUGCACCAAAUCAAGAGGAUCCUGAUUCACCAGCACUACAGGGCUGGCUCGGAGUGGAACAACAUCGCCCUGCUGGAGCUGGACCAGCCCGUGGAGUGCAGCGACUACAUCCAGCUGGGCUGUGUGCCCAAGGCCUCGCUGAGAGUGUCAGACCUUAAAACCUGCUACAUCGCGGGCUGGGGUCCCACCGCGGAGAGUGCUCUCAGACCACGCCUGGUGCUGCAGGAGGCCAAGGUGCGGCUCAUCGAUGUGCAGCUCUGCAACAGCAGCCGCUGGUACGGGGGGGCCGUGCACCCCCACGACCUGUGCGCUGGGUACCCGCGGGGCGGCAUCGACACCUGCCAGGGGGACAGCGGGGGUCCCCUGGUCUGCAAGGACAAGAGAGCCGACUACUUCUGGCUGGUGGGAAUGACCAGCUGGGGAAAAGGCUGUGCUGGGGCCAAACGACCCGGGAUCUUCACCUCCACCCAGCAAUUCCACGACUGGAUCCUGGUCCAGACAGGCCUGAGCCCAGCAGAACCUGCAGCUCCAACGCCAAAGCCAAACUCCACCGCAGCCUCCAUUGCAGCCAAGGAACUGGGCAGGUUUGCAGCUGUUUCAUUAGCAAAACAGACCGUGCUGGAAUUCCUUGGGAAGCUGGAGGAGAUCUUGGUGUUCCUGAGGGACAAAACGUCUUGACCAGAAGGGUGAGCAGACCCAGCCCUGGCUGCAGUGGAUUACAACCAUUCCCUGUUGGUGCCAUGACUGUGGGGCCAAAGGCAGCCCCAGUGCCCAGGGCUGCUCUGUGCUGCCCAUG